AUGCGGUUACCCUCUUGCUUGUACGCUGUGCUUGCCACAGGCUUCCUCGGAAGCAGGGUGUACGCGGACUCUCUGGCAAGCAUCGAUCAUGUUGUUCUAUUCAUGCAGGAGAAUCGAGCCUUUGACCAUUACUUUGGCACCAUGGCCGGCAUUCGAGGCUUUUCAGAUCCCAACGUUCAGAUAAACCCCGAUGGCAAGUCCGUGUGGUAUCAGAAAGUGAACAAGACCAUGACCACAAGGGCUGACUACUUACUCCCAUUCUACCUCAAUGAACUGGGCGGUCACUGGCUGAAUGCGACUCAAUGCAUGGACGCAGGGUCCAACGGGUAUGAGGAGAACCAUCUGGCCUACAAUUUUGGCCUCAACGACCAUUGGGCCCUUAAUAACACACCGUGGAGUUGGGGGUACUACAAGAGGAGCGAUCUUCCCGUCCAGUUUGCGCUUGCUGAAGGUUGGACGAUCGGUGACAUGUACCAAGAAAGCGUGAUAGCCUCGACCAACCCGAACCGUGUGACCUGGGUUAGUGGCUCGAUAGCGGUUCCUGGAUCGCCCCAGACGGCCAAUGAAGGCGGUGUCUACAUCGACAACAACGAAGUGCCUGGCUGUGAAGCACCAGGCUUGAAUUGCUAUCCGCUUUCCUGGGAAACGACACCCGAGAUCUAUCAGAAAGCCGGUGUUACAUGGCAAUUGUAUCAGGACCUCGACAACUUCGAUGAUAAUCCUCUGGCAUGGUUCAAACAAUAUCAGACGGCGAAGAACGGUACCAUCCUCCAUCAGCGCGGGAUGUCCUACCUUGGCCUCCAGGACUUCUACGACCACGCUGCGAAUGGCACCUUGCCAAUGAUUUCCUACAUUGUUGGCCCGACUGAGCUCUCGGAGCAUCCGCCAUAUUCUCCCCACGACGGAGCAUGGCUCCAGCAGCAGGUGGUCAACGCCGUCACCAAGGGCAAGAACUGGAACACCACUGCUCUGAUCAUCAGCUACGACGAGACCGGCGGCUGGGGCGACCACGUGUCCCCUUACCACUCACCCAACGGGACAGCGGGCGAGUGGCUUGAGGAUCCGUACGGUCUGUUUGGUUACACAUUCUCGGGCCCUGGUUUCCGUCUCCCGUUCUACAUCAUCUCGCCGUGGACGCGCGGCGGUAACGUCUUCACCGAGAAAUGCGAUCACAACUCCCAGAUCAUGUUUCUCGAAAAGUGGUUGGCAGCUAAGGGCUACAAGAACGUGACGACGAACCAGAUGCCUGCCUGGCGGCGUGCCCAUAUGUCCGACUUGACCGCAGCAUUCGAUUUCAGCAGUUCCAACACCUCCAUUCCUGUCAUCCCACUGGCGAAGACGCCACACAAAGAUAGCAAGGGCGUCUGGGACGGCUCGUCCUACUGCGAGGCGCAAUAUGCCGUCCAGCGUCCCCCUGUUCCUUACGGCAACCAGACCGAAGAGACCUCCCUUGUAUCGGAACAGGGAUUCAAGGCCGUGCGCGGCUAUCUUACCGAGGGCCGCUAUCUCACUUUUGAGUCGUCGGGCUAUGCACUCUCCAACCCCGGCGGCCAAGCCACGCACUUCAAUGCGACAAAAGCGACGGCUUCUCACUCUAACCCGGCCCAGCGCUGGGUCAUCCACGAGACCGCCACGGAUAGUCGAAUGUACACCAUCAGCAGCGCGGUCGACGGACGCUACAUGGGCGCCAACAUGGAGUUGGUCAACAAGACCUCCGCGAUGGUGCACAGUAUCCCCUACCUCGGAGGUGGUAAGGGCUAUAACUUGGUGAACAGCCAGGGGAUGUUCAUGACCAUUAACGCCACGGGGAAAUUGUCGAUGGGUUCGUCCGCUGCGCAGCCUUUUGACAUUUAUAGCGUCACUUGA